AUGAAAGCUAUUGCAAUCAUAUCAUUGAUCUCUGCAUUAGGUCUACUUUAUGUAGCCUAUAGCCCUGCUGAAUUAUCUUACGAUGCUGAAUUUGAGCAGUUUAUCUCUACUUAUGGCAAGAACUAUGCCAGCCAAACUGAGAUGGAGUACAGGAAAGCUAUCUUUGAAGACAAUAUGAAGAAGGCAGAUGAACUCAAUAAGCUCAACCCAGAGGCUGAAUUCGGAGUUACUAUCUUUGCAGACCAGACUGGUGAAGAGAUGCUGCAAAGAAUGGGAGCUGUUGACUCUGGAAAUGAUGACUCUGAUGGAGAUGUGUACACUGAAACCUCAGACUCCUUGAGCAAGAUCGACUGGAGAAGUAAAAUGAAAUCCAUUCAAGACCAAGGAAGUUGCGGAUCUUGCUGGGCUUUCUCUGCCACCGCAGCUUUUGAAGGAAGAUACCAAGUUAAGAAAGGAUCUAUCUCUAAGUUAUCUGAGCAAGAAGCUCUUGACUGUUCUUCUUCAAGUUAUGGAUGUAAUGGAGGAUGGUAUGACGCUGUCUGGAACUACAUGAAAAGUCAUAAAUUCUGUACUCAAGGCUCAUAUAAAUACACUGGAAGAAAGGGAUCAUGCAGAAGCUCAAGCUGUAGCGGAACACAAAAUGAUAAGGGAUAUACAUCAGUAUCCAAAAGCGAAUCUUCUAUGCAUAGUGCCUUAGGAGGUGGACCUAUCUCUAUCGCUGUUGAUGCUUCUACUUGGUCUACAUAUAGACAAGGAGUUAUGACUUCAUCCCAAUGCGGAAGAAAUAUGAACCAUGCCGUUGUUCUCGUUGGAUACAAUCCUACAGACAACGCUUGGAUCGUUAGAAACUCAUGGGGAUCAAAUUGGGGAGAAAGUGGCCAUAUCAGACUCAAAUACGGCCAAAACACUUGCGACAUCACCUACAAACCUCAAUAUCCAAACUUCUAA